AUGGCGGCGCGGGGGGCUUCUCUGCGGGAGAAGCAGAUUCUCUCGAUCAAGAAGAUGCUCAACCUGAACGAACCGCUGGAGUCAGACGAGAAUGAUGACACCCACUCCAAUGGAUUGUCGGUGUCGGCCGCACCCAUAUCGAAGGACGGGACGCCUAUCUGGAAGCUUCUCGUGUUUGACGACCUUGGUCGCGAUGUGAUUAGUCCGGUGCUCCAGGUGUCAGACCUCCGGUCGAUGGGAGUGACAAUGCAUAUGCAUAUCGCGUCCCACAGAGCCGCCAUCCCCGAUGUCCCUGCGAUAUAUCUGGUCGAGCCGACCCCCGCAAACUUACAAGCAAUUACAAACGAUCUUCAGAAGGGGCUGUACAGCUCAGCCCACCUGAAUUUCCUCUCCUCCAUACCGCGACCCCUUUUGGAGGACUUUGCUGCGCAGACAGCCGCCGCAGGGACGUCAGAACAGAUCGCACAAGUCUACGACCAGUAUCUCAACUUCAUCGUCACUGAGCCUGAUCUCUUCAGUCUGGGAAUGCAGAAGGACCAUACCUACUGGGCGUUGAACAGCGCAAAGACAAAAGACGAAGAGCUGGAUCGUGUGAUAGACCGGAUCGUCAGUGGCCUGUUCAGUGUCGUAGUGACAUCAGGAGUGAUACCCAUUAUUCGCUCCCCUAGGGGUGCUGCGGCCGAGAUGAUUGCACAAAAGCUCGACCGCAAGCUCCGCGAUCAUGUCGUCAACUCCAAGGACAAUCUCUUCUCUUCACAAGCCCGAGCCACCCCUUCUGCUGGCGGAACCCCAACAUCGAGACCUGUCCUCAUAAUUCUUGACCGCAAUGUUGAUUUGAUACCCAUGCUCUCUCAUUCCUGGACAUACCAGAGCCUAUGUUUUGACAUUUUCAAGUCCGAGUUGAACCGCAUCACCAUUGAGACGCCCGUCGAUUCCAGCAACCCAGCGAAAGGGAUGACGAAAAAGACGUAUGAUCUCGCCGCCAAUGACUUUUUCUGGGCCAAGAAUGCGUGCUUGCCAUUUCCGCAGGUUGCUGAAGAUAUCGUAGAUGCGGAGCUCACUAAGUACAAGGAGGAGGCAGAAGCAAUCACAAAGAAGACUGGUGUCAGCAACUUCGAGGACCUUCAAAAUGACACAAGUAUCAGUGCGCAGCACCUCAAGGCGGCAAUAACCCUCCUCCCAGAGCUUCGGGAAAGGAAAGCCGUGCUGGAUAUGCACAUGAACAUUCUCGCUGCGGUUCUGGGCGAAAUUCAGAACCGGCAGCUGGACAACUACUUCCAACUCGAGGAGAACGUCAUGAAGCAGACCAAGGCGCAGAUGCUGGAGCUGAUCAAGACGGACGAUAAGGGCCAGCCCGCGGAUAAGCUGCGCCUGUUCAUCAUCUGGUUCCUCAGCACAGAGCAGGAUGUAUCGAAGCAAGAAUGGGCGCAGUUUGAGGAGGCUUUGGAAGCGGCGGGAUGUGAUAAGACAUGUCUGGCAUACAUCCGACAGGUCCGGGCAACAACGAAAAUGACGCAGCUCACUACUACCGCCAGCCAGGGGUCAGCAAGCCAGCAGCAGUCGAGCUCCUCGGAUCUCUUCAACCGCUUCUCGGCCAUCUCGACGCGGCUCACAGACCGACUCAAGGAGACGGGGGUCCCCACGAACGCAUUGACAGCCAACGUCGCUUCGCUGCUUGGCGGAAUCAAGAACUUCCUGCCGGUCGACAGGGAUCUGACCGUGACCAAGAUCACCGAAUCCAUCAUGGAUCCCUCGAGCGCAAGCUCGUCGGCCAUUGCCAAGACGGAGCACUACCUCUACUUUGACCCGCGGAGCCCUAACGCACGCGGCACGAUGCCCCCGCCGUCUGCGCUCCGGGCUGCGGGUGGUGGGGCAGGCACGGCGCCGGGUGGACUCCCUGGCUCCGGUCUCGUCGGCGAGCGGGCUGCCGGCACCGGGGCCAGCUUCGGCCAGCGAAGGCAGGGGUUUUCCGAGGCGAUGGUGUUUAUGGUUGGGGGCGGGUCCAUGGACGAGUACGGGAACCUGCAGGAGUGGGCGGCGCGGGCGGCGGCGGGGGAUCGGGGGAAGAGGAGGGUCAUUUAUGGCGCCAGCGAGCUGGUUAAUGCGGGGGUGUUUAUCAGGGAGGAGCUGAAUAGGCUUGGGAGGGAGAUGGCUUGA